CCUGCAGACUGAUUAUGGGGAGAGGGGGGGUGCGAUUAUGUAGUAAGCCUUUAAAAUAAGCUCUGUUAGGAGGCUUGAAAUAGCUGAUUUCCCCCUUGACACAAGUGCACGCAGAGAUGUCAGAAAGAGUAGACAUGGGGGAUGGAGAGGUGGGAGGUCCGUUAUUAAUACAGGCAGCACUCUCGCCGGCGUGACAGUUGCUGCUGUUUCCAAGAGCUGAGGGAGAGGCGGCUGCCACUUCUUCAUGCCACACAGGACUCGUCGCCAGAGGAGGAAAAGCAGAGUUGCUGUCUCUGGCAGACAUUUCCGCCAAGCUUGAGGAGCAAGAAAGAGACAAGAGAGUGCUAGAGAGCUUGUGCAAUGCCGUUGUGAAGAGAAGCAGCCUUGCUCUGGGCUGGGGAAAGAACGACAUGACCUAGUAGUUCACCGCCUUGCGCUGUUGUUUCUCAUUUCUCCGCUUCAGCGGGCAGAGGAGCAAGCGGUUGGCACGAGUCCUCCGUCCGGGGGGCUCCGCUCUGCGCUCCAGUCAGUGAGUCGGCGCCCAGCUGAAGAGCGAGGCAGAGGCGGCGGCUCUUGCAAGCCUGUCAGGGCGAGCAGGGCAAGAGAGUGCAAGUGCGGCGGGUGUGUGGUGGGUCUCGAGCUGCAGCCCGUCUGGGCUCGUCGUGCCGUCUGGCGAGCCGGCCCCGCACCGCGCCAGGCAUGGAGAGCAAGCGCUGCUUCGCCAACCCCUUUGAUGACUACAAGGGCAGUCCGCUGGCCGGGCAGUGCAAGGAGGCGGCGACGCCCUUGGUGACGGCCACCAUCGACCGCAUCCUCAAGGAGGUGUCCCCUCCGGGCAGCAGCGGGGAGGCGGCAAGCGGCCUGAGCGGCUGCCAGGGCGGGCUGUAUGGCGGCGUGGCCGGCGUGGCCUACAUGCUGUACCACGUCGCGGAGUGCCCGCUCUUCUCCCAGGCGCGGGACUCCUACCUGCGAGCGGCCAAGCAGCUGGUCGACGCCUGCCUGCGCUACGAGGCGGACUGGGGCGAAGCCGACGCCGACACCCGCGCAGCGUUCCUGCUCGGCGGCGCUGGCGUCUACGCCGUGGCCGCGCUUGUCUACCAGGCGCUCGGACUGCCUGACUGGGCCAGGCAGCUGGGCAAGUUCCGCGAGCUGUGCGAAUUGUGCGUCCCCGUCACCUUCCUCGACUGCGGCUCCGACGAGCUCUUCGUGGGCCGAGCCGGCUACCUGUGCGCCGCCCUGGUGCUGAAGCAGAAGCUGGGCUUGGAGGUGUUGACUCCAGCACAAAUCAAGUCAAUUUGCCAGGCAAUGUUAGACUCUGGGAAACAGUAUGCACUGAGAAAGAGGAAACCAGUUCCACUGAUGUACUCGUACUAUGGAACAGAAUAUCUUGGGGCUGCUCAUGGACUUUCAUCCAUCCUCCAGAUGCUGCUUUCCUAUUAUGAAUAUCUCCCACCCGCUGAUCAGGAACUAGUCUGGCAGAGUGUUGACUUCCUUAUGGAUCAAGAGCAGAAUUGCAACUGGCCUCCAGAACUAGGAGAGAUGAUUGAACGGGAGAACGAGCUUGUACACUGGUGUCAUGGAGCUCCAGGCAUUGCAUACAUGUUUGCAAAAGCAUACUUGGUUUCCAAGAAGCCUCAGUAUCUAGAUAGCUGCAUCCGCUGUGGAGAACUGACUUGGCAGAAAGGUCUAUUAAAGAAAGGACCUGGAAUAUGUCACGGAGUGGCUGGCAGUGCUUAUGUGUUCCUGCUCCUAUACAGACUAACUGGGAAUUCUAAAUACAUCUACAGAGCACAAAGAGUCCCAGACUCCCAUCAAGUGUCUCUUCAACGAAACUAUUGUGAUACUCAUUCACAGUCAUCAGACAGUAGGCUUCUUCUAGCAAUACAAUAGCUCCUCCAUGAGGCUGAGAAAACUCUCUGAUUCCAACAAUUGAAUGGUUUGGAAACUGUUUAACCAGGGGACAUAGAAUAAAGGGUAUUACGUACAUCUUUAUUUUCUGGGACGCUACCUCUAAAAUAAGAUGUUACAACUUAAUAGAGAAUUAGCUAUGUAUGCUAUAUAGCUAUAGCAUCAGCUAUAGCUGUUCACUAUUUAAAAAUUGACUUUUAGAAUUGAUUUUUUUAAAAAAUAAGUUUUUAAAUUGGUGUAUGUGUGUGUUGUGAUUUGAUGUGUUUUAUGUGUUUUUAUUGGAUGUUUUAAUGUUGUGUUGUGAGCCGCCCAGAGAACUAUUUCUUAUGGGGCGACUAACAAAUAAAGUUCAUUAUUUAUUAUUCGUUUGCUUUGUAGGCCUAUAUAUUUAAUAAUCAUACAGACACAGGCUUAUUUACCCCAUGUCCCAUUACACUCUGCAAGAUCAACUAAGAACACCUUCUUGUUCCUUAGCCAUAUGCCAAGUUAAGACUGAUGCUCUUAGUAGCUUCCCUACAGUUUUGGAAUCAGCAACACCAUUCCGGUGGAGGAUGGAGCGAGGGGAGAGAAAUCUCAUCCACAUGUGGAAUUCUUGUACAAACUUGUACUUGAAUAUCUUGCAGAAACAGUUCUUCACUUUUAAUUCAGGCUGGCUUUUAGUAGCCAGAGACAGAAGGGCGUAGGGGUGAAUUUUUAAUCACUGUAAAAUUAUUCUUAAAUUAAGUUUCUGGUUUCUAUAUAUAUGCUUUUUAUUCAUCUGACUUAUUCUGAGUAAUCUGGGGGGAGGAGGCAACAACCUUAAUCAAUCAGUAAAAUAAAAAUAAAUUAACUUUGUUAUAUUUUCCAUUCUGAAGUGGAAGCAAUUUAGAUUUCUUUGAUUUCAAUAAGGUAGGACACUUUAUUCCCAUUCCUUAUGCAACAUCCUCUUUGUUGUCUCUGGGAAACCUAAAAAUAAGAGAAGGUAAAAACCCUGGUGUUCUAGCUAAAAGAGCACCAGGCAGGGGCGUAGCUAGGGGAGAGGGGGCCAGUGUUCAUCCCUUUCUCUGGCAGCCCCCCAGAGUGAGGGAGAUAAUGAAGAAAAUAGGGAGGAGUGGAGCUGGAGGGCCCUCAGGAGCUGGGGGCCCGUGUUCUUUGAACCCUUUUGCUCAAUUAUAGCUAUGCCCCUGGCACCAGGCUAUCACUUUAAAUGGCCUCCCAGCUCCUGCAAAGAGGCCGUUUAAAGGCUUAGCCUGGUGUCAGUCAGUGUGAGUGACUGGCCAGGGAGAGGGAUGGUGGGUCUGGUCAGCUCUGCAGUCGUACCCGCUCCUGCCAGCAGCAGUUCAAAAGCAACUGUUCUUUGUAAAAAAAAAAAAAAAAAAAGCAGCCAGCAGCCCUAGGAGGGAGGCAGGGUCAGGUUACCACCUCCCCCUGCUGAGGGUUCUGCAGUUACUUUUCCCACCAGGAGCAGUUCAAAGGCACCUCUGCACCUCUUCUUUGUCAAAGGGGGGAUGGCGGGUUAGGUCACCACCUCACCCAUGCUGCAGGCUCUGCACAUUAAAGGUAAUUUCAGGGCACCCCAUUGGCUCUUUGUUUUUGACUGAAUUGAGGUGAGGCGCUCCUCCCUCUCCCUCCCACCAGCCCAUACAGUAAAAUUCGAAUAGAUUCAACUAGAUUCAAUCAGAAUCUGUCUGAUUCAAUUUGACUUCAAAUCUAAUCAUCCCUUUGGGGAGUGAUUCGAUUAGAAGUCAAAAUACUUGAAUCAGCCAGAUUCGAGUCGAAUCAAUUAGCACAUCCCUAAUAAAUAUACUACAGGUGAGACAAAGCAAGACUGAGCAGUGAG